AUGCUGUGCGCCAAGGCGGCUAUGACGGGCACAGUGCAGAACGUAACGAGCCCGGAGCAAGUGGGGCGCAGGCAGAACAUGAUCGCCCUGGCAAAGCAGCAACCCAAUGGCUUCGAGGAUGAUUUAGUAGGAAUGCUGCUGCAGAGGCGCAGAGUGACGGGACUACAAAGACGUCCUGCCGACCCUGUCGUGGCCGGGUCGGGGACAUCCUCCGGCAAAUGUGCUGGGCUAGGGUACUCUGCGCACUCCGCCUUGCAAGACCUGGAUGAUGGAGAGGAUGGAGGGAUGCAGCAGCCGGCGUCAGAUCCAAACAUCGCUGCAUUCCAGGGGCCACAGCCUGGAAACAUGUGGGCGCGGAGGCCCGUGUUCGCUGCGACGGCCCGGCAGGUCGCUUACGCUCCCCUCCCCGCUGAGACUGGGAAAAUGUGCCGCGACGAUUGGCCCCGGGGCUCAGUCGCAGCAUAUUCUGAUGGCGGUGGCGGGGCACAGACCCGUGCACGGCGGGCGGGUACACCUUCGGAACGUCUGCAAGCGGGCUGCAGUACAGAUAGCGAACUCUCGGGAUCCACCUGCUCACAAAGCUCCGAUGACAGUGUGCCAUCCCCAUCCUCCACUGGCAAGGGUUACUACAGCAGCUCUAGCGAUUCGGAGGAAGACCGCGAGGGUGCAAUUCAGAGGCCUAAGCGACCCGCGACGGCUGUUCACCGGCAUGCGUUAGAGACUAUGGCCCAGGUCCGACCAUGUCCACCUCGCAAAGAAUUCGCCCCUAUCUCCACACGACCAACGACGAGCCUGCGGGGGGACGUAUCCAAGGCACCGACUCCACCAAUGGGAAUUAAGGUUGACGAUGAGCAGUCUACGGGAGGGCUAGAGCAGCCUGUUGUUCCUAGAGCAGAAUUGCAACCAUUGCGGCGGCGUGGCAGUAGCGCCACGGGCGUGCGUGGGGACUCAACGUUCGGGUUACGGUCACAGGGCCCUCCGCGGCAGGAUGGGGAUUCCGCGGUCAAUGCCCCUCCUGGAGCAACUAAGCCUUGGCUAAUUGCAGUCAGUAGGAGGGGUGCAGAUGUAGCAGGUCCGUCGGCGGACUCUUCGUUCCCUCCUGCUGCUGCGGCUGAUAGCCCAGACUUUACGGCAAGUCUCAGCUUUACGGCGUGUGGUGCUGAGCAGCAGGGGAGGAGUCAGCAGCCAGGGACCUAUAGCGACCGAGAGCGAAGCCGAUGUGAUGCCCCAAGGGUCACCGUCAUAACGGGCUCCCGUUUCUACGCGUCGCGAACCCAGUGUGCACUGUCACCUUCCUUUUUUCUUCAGUCUGGGAGGGCUUGCAUGACUGGGGAUACACCUGAUGGCGAGGUACACCGGCAGCCGCUCGUGGUGGAGGGUUCAACGCCUGCGAAGAUAUGCGGCAUCUCCUGCCCCGGGAAUGGAUAUGAGAGCUGCGACCAUGGCCAGAGACAGCCUAAAUACAAGGAAGCGGGUGGAAGCUUUCCUGACGCUCAUGUUCAUGAAUGGGAAGCGACGGCUCGGCCGGACGUGCUGCUAGACACUAUGCAGAGCGAAGUUGACAUUGCAGGAAUGAAAGCCCUGGGCCAAACUGGUGGUGCCGAGGGCGAUUUUGACUCGUACAAUGGGGAUGUGGAUGGUGACGCGGAGCCUGAUGAUGCCUGGUGGACUGAACCUAUUGGAGGUUGCGGCGACAGCAAGGAUCUGGAUGACGUUAUUCCGGAUCGAGGACGUGGGGCGGAAGCUGCAGAGGCGCAGACGCUGGAGAUUUUCCUGAAACAGGCGAGGAGGGUUUGUGAGUUCAGCGGGGAGGAGAGCUCCAAGCACAACGGGCGGGACAAGUGCGCCUAG